AUGAAUACACGACAACAAACGAAAUCGAAAAAAAACAUACCAGAAAAAGUCAACAAAUCCAACAAUAGCAGCUAUAUCCACAUACAAGUUGACAAUUCUGUGGAUGAUAAAACCUACACCCAGGAAGAGUUACUGUUAGAUCUUAGGAAUAAACUAGCCUCAGAAUUAGCAAAGAAUGAUGAUCUGCAUGAUCUCACUGCAAAGUUGAAAGUCGAAAGUUAA